GCGGCUCCGCAGGGCCCUGCCCGCCCGCCAUGGACUGCGUGGGGCGCGCUGAGGCGGCGGCCGAGCAGCUGCGGCUCUACCGGCAGGACCCUGGCGGCUGGCGGGGCUGCCGCAGCACGGGUGAGGUGGCGGUGUCCUGGAGACCCUCGGCGGAGUUCGCUGGCAAUCUGUACAAGGGAGAGGGGAUCCUGCCCGGCAGCCCGCAGAACGUCUGGGAGUGCAUCAAACCGGUGGCCGGCGGGCUCAGGACCAAGUGGGACCAGAACGUGAAGGACUUCGAGGUCAUCGAAGCCAUCACUGAUACUGUGUCUAUAUGCAGAACCACAACCCCCUCAGCUUGCAUGAGGAUUAUUUCACCCAGGGAAUUUGUGGAUGUAGUAGUAAUGAAGCAAUACGAAGAUGGGACGAUGCUGUCUGCUGCCACCAAUGUGGAACACCCACUGUGUCCUCCUCAACCAAAUUUUGUGAGAGGUUUUAAUUAUCCCUGUGGCUGUUUCUGCAUACCUGUUCCUGGGGAGCCAGACAGGACUGAGCUGCUCACUUUCUUUCAGACGGAUCUUGGUGGCUAUCUUCCCCAGACAGUGGUGGAUUCCUUUUUUCCAUCUAGCAUAUCUGGAUUUUACAGCAACCUGACCAAAGCUGUUAAGGCAUUAAAAGCAUGACAGGAUGAGUUGCUGACAUCACCAGCUGAGAGUAGGAAACAAUCUAUCAACUUGUGGGUAAAAAUACAAAGUUGGCCUCAGGGCUUUUCUAUCUGCUAAGAUAGAAAAAGAUGACAUGAAACAAUGAACUGAGUAGAAUACAUUAUUAAACAGCAUUUUCUACCUGACUCCAUGCAGAACAAUGCAUUCUUAUGUAAUAUGUAAUUCUUCACUUUAAUGAUUAGAACAAUAUCACACCCGAGGCUGGAAGAAUCCUGGAGGCUGCAUGGUCAGUGUCUGUGAGGUGAAGCAUUGCUAGAAUCCACUUAGCACCACAGCCAGGUGCAGGUCAGCUCUGUUUGGUCUCUGAAGGUCCCUGAAAAUUCCUGUGGAAAAAUGUUUCUCUCCCAAAAGAAGAUGUAUCACACUCCUAGAGCUGCUGAGAUGCCUCAGUGGGUCCAGCCUGAAAAUUAUGAAAGCCAGAACAAAAGGAAUUAUGUAGAGGAUUUCACUUGUUUGUUCCAGCACACAUCAACAUUGAUGGUAAAUAUGCCUUAAGUGCUUUUUUAUUUUUUAAGUCAAGGUCCAGGAGUGCUAAUCAAUGCACAAGUGUGUGGGCUGGCAAAUAGACACUCUCCCUUUCCCCUCUCUGGUACCAAAAUCAGUGGUUUCACAGUGUUAUGACACAAACUGAACCGACAUAGAGGCAAUAAAUAAAGAGGAUUAAGCACUUUACUUGCCAUUUUUUAAAAGGCACAUGAAAUUAUAAUUUUAAAUUCUAUUUGAAUGUUUCUUGGUUUCCUGUGUGAGAGGUUUUAACGGGUAAAUAAUCUUUUCAUUGGCUUUGCCUUGACAGGCCACAAGGAUGUUAUUUUUUUCUAAGACUGGUUUGCCUCCCAACACUACCUUGGGAAAUCAGCACCUGAUUUUGUAUGCCAAGGUGUGUCCAUUUUAAGAGAUAUCUAUGGUGCUGGUUGCUGCAGGAACAUCAGACCUUUCUAUGGAUUACGUAUAAUUAAAAAGUUUAAUUGCUGAGUGAGGAAGUUAAAUGCAGGUUGUGAUUUUACUGUGGUGACUCAAUUAUUUUACAAGGUUUAUAUUCUCUGCUUUCUGUCCCUGUGUGUUUUUAUCUUUGGUGUAGGGCAUGGACUUGCACAAUAAGUUUCCCACUGUAAACCUCACCCUAUGGACUACUUUUUCAAGGAAAGCUUUUAGUCCAGUCUCCUUUGUAUACAAAGAUGUAAAAAACUUGUGUGAGUGUGGUGAAAUAAAUAUUUUUUUGUGCUACAUCUUAA